AUGCGUCCAAACAUCUCUACCUCGCCAGCGCUGAAAAGAACACCCUCUCCACAAAACCUUUUACCAACAAUCCUUGUGCCAUCAACCGCCACAACCGAGUCUCUAAAAUGGAAAUAUCUCCUCUCCGCGACCUCCUCGACCUCCUCGAAGUGGCGAUACCUCGACACCUCUAGCCUUCUCCCCGCAAACGCGCCCACCAAACACGCUCACAUCAUCGACUUAAGCAGUAUUGAUGAUGAACUCUCUUCGAAUCCAAGUAUCUGGGAUGCGGUAGCGACUGUUCUGUUCCAGGCUGGCCCAGAGAUGUUGGAGUGGUUUUUACAUUCGCGGAAUAAGACGUUCAGGUUUGUGAGAAAGGAAGGACUGAAGGAUUGGAAUCUGAUAAUUUGGCGGAAAGGUUGUGAAGUCCUGAUCGCACUCUUUCGGCCGCAAUCUUCAAAAAUCAAAUCCAAAAUAUUCUACGAAUGGGAUAAAAUUAUACGCUGCAUGAUUGGCUAUAAUGGCUCGUGGUCAGUCUACUACGGUGCCUGGUACGGUGUUACAGGUGAUAGCUUGGAGGAAGCUUGGGAUGACACAUUUGAGAAAGUGAAUGAGGGGUAUCCGAGGGAGAGUCCGAAGAACGAGCGGCAGAUGGAGAAUGUAGCGAGGAGUAUGGCGUGGUAUCUUCUUUUAGCGCAGUCUGGAAAAGAGAAGAUUAUGGUUGACACUACUUGA